AUGGAUGCUUACACUGCGAGUAGUAAGCCGGCUCGUCACGUGAGGGAGCAACUUGCUGCCGAGACUGGUUUGGAUAUGAGGGUGGUGCAGGUGUGGUUCCAAAAUAGGCGAGCGAAGGAAAAACGGCUGAAAAAAGAUGCAGGGCGACGAUGGAGCCAUUGUGGCAAUAUCAAGACUGACAGCGACAGCAACUCACCAUCGGAUAGCCAAAGCUGUAGUAACAAGAAUCUCAAGGCAAAGUCGCUAAACGCGAUUGAUGAAGCGCCGAAGGGGACAAGCAGUGUCGCUGAGAAAAGUAGCAUGUCGCUGAGAAAAGUAGCAGCAUCAGUGUCUCUCACUCCUAUCGACAACCUGGAAAGCAAACCGAAUAACAGGAAGGAAUAUGUAAGGGGAAGAGAACUACAAUUCGAUGGGUUAGUCACGUGUCAUAACAUCAGCUAA